AUGCCUCAGUCUUGUCAAGCACUUAAUGACUUAAUGUUCAAGUUGCUCAGCCCGAAGUUGUUCAGCCUCCUCUACGUAUCUGAGAUUCUAGCCCGAAGUUGCUCGGCCUCCUCCACCAUAUCUGAGAAUUCAGAGAGAUUCGCGCUCCAAAUGGUGUGUGAGAUGGAACUUCAAGUGCACAAGACUAUUCGUCACUUAAUUUGUUGA